AUGGGCAAGCUAGCAGUCCAAGUAACGGCCGCUUUCUCGGCUUCGGUCGUGAUGUUUGCCAUCAUUUCCGCCAUCUACAUCUUCAAUGACAUCAACUCACUGUAUGUCGAAAUCAUGGAUGAAAUGGUCGAGUUCAAGACUCAUGCUGAUGACGCUUGGACUAGAAUGAUCGCUGCUCGCCGCCAACUGCGCCCUAUCCUCACCUUUGAUGACGUCAUUGGAAGACAUAAAAGACAGUACGAUGGAGCCGCUGGAGCUUCAUCAAGUGGUGCAACUGGUACCGGCUCGUCAAGUGGUGCAGCUGGUGCUGGUCAAUGCUCAAACUGCGCCGCCAGUGCCUCCAACUGUCCACCUGGCCCACCAGGACCACCUGGUCAACCUGGUCUUCCUGGUACCGAUGGUACUCCAGGAGAACGCGGUCAAAAUGGUGCUACUGGUGCUUCUCAACUCGGCGACUUUGGAGGACCAAACGGCUGCUUCCCAUGUCCAGCUGGACCAGUUGGUCCACCCGGCCCAGACGGACCACCAGGACCAGCCGGCGAAGACGGACACCCAGGAGAGAAAGGCUACGACGCUCUGCCCGGUGAGCCAGGCCAGCCGGGAGAAGCUGGCGACGCUGGUGCCCCAGGCAACAAUGGACUACCUGGCGUUCCAGGCCAGCCUGGUGCCCCUGGUACCCGUUCCACUCCAAUCCCCGGCCCCAAAGGACCAUUGGGACCACUUGGCGCCGUCGGACAACCCGGACCACAAGGACAAGCCGCUCCAGCUCCACAACCAGGACCACCAGGCCCACCCGGACCAGUUGGACAACCCGGAUCAAACGGACAAGAUGGACAACCCGGACAAGCCGGACAAAGUGGAAUGCCCGGAAAGGAUGCCGCUUAUUGCCCAUGCCCUGAACGUGGUGCUGCCGCUUUGGCUAGUCCAGCCGCAAAAACUGCUGAAGCUUCAGUAGCCAAUGCUGAAGGUGGAUACGGUAAUGACGCUGUCAUCACUCCAGCCUCAGGCAAUAGUCAACAAUACAAGAGAAGAAAGGUCAUGCGUCAACGCAAAGUCAGAAAUUAA